AUGGAGUAUUUUGCUCGCAUGAUGCGGUCGCCGGGCAACGUCCUCGUGGACCGCGGCCUCUUCCGCCUCAUUGCGUCCUUCCAAGAUGGCCACUUCCUUGACGUCAUUGCGCUCUUCAAGGCCUGGGCGGCGAUGCCACUGCCCACGAAGAUCGCCUCCAUGCGCGACUUCCUCCUCGAAGCGAUGACCGAGCCGCUGCUCGUGCUCCAUGGCGCCAUCGCGCAGAACGACGCGCGACUUGUCGACCUCGUCCUUCGGUGCACGCACGUCAAGAGCGCCAACGCAAUGGACUAUGCAGGCAAGACAGGGGCGCUCAGCGUCGUCCGAUACCUCCACACGUCGGGCCACGCUCCAUCGCGGCGGGCCAUGGACUAUGCGGCCCAGAAUGGCCACGUCGAGAUCGUAGUGUUCCUUCACGAGCACCGGCGCGAAGGCUGCACGCGAGACGCGAUGGACUUUGCAGCGCAGAACGGGCACCUCGCUGUCGUCGAGUACCUGGCUGCGACCGUCAACGUCGGGGGCACGGUCAAGGCGAUGGACUGGGCGGCCCGCAACGGCCACUUGAACGUACUUCAGUACCUCCACGAGCAUCGCUCCGAAGGGUGCUCUGCGUAUGCGAUGGACAGCGCUGCGAAGAACGGCCACGUCCAUGUCCUCCGCUACCUCCACUCGAUUGAUGCGCCAGCAUCACACUUGGCCCUCGACGCCGCGGCGGCCAACGGGCACAUGGAGGCCGUGCAGUUCUUGCACACGCACCGAAACGAAGGGUGCACAGUGCGGGCCAUGGAUGGCGCUGCGCGCUUUGGCCUCCUCGAUAUGGUCGUCUUCCUCCACACCCAUCGCACCGAGGGCUGCUCCACCGAAGCCGUCGACGCGGCAGCGGCCAACGGCCAUGAAGAUGUUGUCCGGUUUCUUCUCACCCACCGCCACGAAGGCGCGUCACCAUUCGCGCUGCAUGCAGCCGCCGUCAGUGGCUACGUCAACAUCCUCGACUGCUUGUACGCAUAUGCACCGACCAUGGUAUGCACGAGCCGCGCACUGCUGCACGUCGUGCAAGUCGGACAGCUCGCAGCGCUGCGCUGGCUCCUCGUCCAUCAACGCGACGCGCUGGAUGCGAUCUCAGACGACCUCAUGGAACGCGCCAUCACAGCUGGGUAG